AUGAAAACCCCCCUCUCCCUCUCCCUCCUCCUCUUCUCCUCUCUCGCCACCGCCGGCCUGGGCACAACCACCUAUUCCUACUCGACGCCACCUCCCGAAAUCCCCUGCACAGUCGGCGACGACGCGCCCUGCUCCCCAUCCCCAGGCUGGACCUGCACGCCCACGCAGACCUGCACCUCCGGCGUGCCCUGCGGCGGCGCCUGCAUCCGUCCGCCGCCGACCCCGCCUCCCGAGAUCCCCUGCACCGUCGGCAAUGAUGCGCCCUGCCCGACGGGCAGCACCUGCACACCCACGGCCUACCCUACACCCGGUGUACCCCGCGGCGGACUGUGUAUUGCGACGCCCGUGACGGUCACGACGACGUCUACAACUUCUACGUCGACUCCUGUGAUUUGCACGGUGCCCAUGAGCCACCCGGGCCAAAACGGUGGACGACGUCCUAUUGUUGGCACCGGAGGCCCUGGGCCUGGUCACGGUGGUCCUGGGCAGUGUCCGACUGGAUCGACUUGCACGCCGACGCAGAUUUGCACGCCCCAUGGCGGUGGGGUGCCGUUUUGCGGUGGGGUCUGCAUUGGUGUCUUGCCUACGCCGACACCGUAG